GGGAGGGGCAGGGAGCUGAGCGACAACCCCUUGGGCUGGGUAGGUCGUGGGUCAGGUUAAGGUUGUUGACUAUGAGUUUCUGGUCUCACUUCUUUAAAAACAUUUACUAGGAAAAUAUGGUAGAAAAUUCCAACAGUGCAGAAGUUGGAUAUCUGUGUUUCUUCCUGUCAGAGGCCAUCCUGUAGGUGAUCCUUCCAUCAUUUUUUUGCGUAUAUAUAAGCAUAGACUCAAAAUGAUAUAUACUAAUGCUUAGAUUUUUUUUUUUUUUGCAGGGAACGACUCACCAUGAGCUAACAUCUGUUGCCAAUCUUCCUGUUUUUCUUUUUUUUUUUUGCUUCCCACAGCCCCAGUACGUGGUUGUAUAUCCUAGUUAUAAGUUGUUCUAAUUGUUCUAUGUGAGCCGCUGCCACAGCAUGGCACCUGACAGACAGGUGGUGUGGUUCUGUGACUGGGAAGUGAAGCCGGCCCACCGAAGCAGUGAGAGCCGAACUUUAACCAGUAGGUCAUCAGGGCUGGCUCUAAUGCUUAGAUUUUUUUCACUUUGCUGGGUUUUUCCCUCCCACUUGUAUCAGUUCGCUAGAGCUGCCAUAACAGAGCACCUCCAACAGAAGGUAUUCUCUCCCAGUUCUGGAGGCCAGAAGUCCAAGAUCAAGGAGGUGUGGGCAGGGCCAGUUCCUUCAGGCCGUGAGGGAGCAUCUGUCCCAUGCUCCCUCCCAGCUGCUGGUGGCCUGCGGGCCGUCGUUGGUGCUCCUCAGUUUGUAGAAGUACUACCCCAUCUCUGCCUCCGUCUUCACGGGGCGGUCUCCCUCUGUGUGUGUGUGUCUGCGUCCACAUCUCCUCUUUUUGUCAACACAGAGUCAUGUUGGGGUAGGGCCCGUCCUAAUGACCUCAUUUUAACUUGACUACCUCUGUAAAGACCCUGUCUCCUCACAAGAUCACAUUCUGAGGUGCUGGGGGCUAGGACUUCCACACAUGAACUGGGGGGACACAGUUCAGCCACAGCACAACUAAACCGCAGACUAGCGAGACCCACCUCCCCACCCUCUCCUGUGGACACACCAGGACUCCACAGACAGCCGUUUAGAUGUCCCUCCAGUAUUUACAAGGACACCUGGGGGACAUUCCCAGGUGGGUGACCCGUCUCAAUGGCUGCUGCCGUCUUGCCAGCUGACUCCACGUCCCCAGUAGUGCGUUUCUUCGCGUCCUCAUGGAGAAGAUGGUUACCAGGUUUCAGCCCGUGAACUGUGAACCAUCUCCUGUUCUGGUUUAUUUCCUGAACCGUGUGAGGUGGAACACACUCUCCUAUCUUACACCCAUGUCUCUAUCUCCUUGUCUCUGAACCACCUGUUCGUUGUCUGUUUCACCAUUUUUUCUUAUGGACUUGUAAGGGUAUUUUUAUACACAGAGAAGUACACCCGGGACAUCUGGUAAACGUGUGCAGGUGUGGAGGGGCACUUCUCCAUGGCAGUGGUUUGUGGGCCCGGAAGCAGGAAACGAGUGGGGGUGAGCCCCCCCAUGUUGCUGAGGGGCAGCUGAAAUACCGGUGGUGCAAUGGCAGGUGGAGGGGACGCCAGGGCCCCAGGGGGGUGCUGGUGUGAACUCCACAGUUUAUGAAGGCGAGCGAGGACGGCGAAAGCGUGGGGCACUGCCCUUCUUGUCAGCGGCUCUUCAUGAUCCUGCUCCUCAAGGGUGUGCCCUUCACGCUCACCACCGUGGACAUGCGCAGGUCCCCGGAUGUGCUGAAGGACUUCGCCCCCGGCUCGCAGCUGCCCAUCCUGCUCUAUGACGGCGACGCCAAAACGGACACGAUGCAGAUCGAGGAGUUUCUGGAGGAGACGCUGGGGCCCCCCGAAUUCCCCAGCCUGACGCCCCGCUACAGGGAGUCCACCACGGCGGGCAACGACGUCUUCCACAAGUUCUCCGCGUUCAUCAAGAACCCGGUGCCCGCGCAGGACGAUGCCCUGUACCAGCUGCUGCUGCGCGCCCUCGCCAGGCUGGACAGCUACCUGCGCGCGCCCCUGGAGCACGAGCUGGCGCUGGAGCCGCAGCUGCGCGAGUCGCGCCGCCGCUUCCUGGACGGCGACCAGCUCACCCUCGCCGACUGCGGCCUGCUGCCCAAGCUGCACAUCGUGGACACGGUGUGCGCGCACUUCCGCCAGGCGCCCAUCCCCGCCGAGCUGCGCGGCGUCCGCCGCUACCUGGACAGCGCGCUGCAGGAGAAGGAGUUCAAGUACACGUGUCCGCACAGCGCCGAGAUCCUGGCGGCCUACCGGCCGGCCGUGCGCCCCCGCUAGCGCCCCCCGCCGUCCCCCUGCCCACUCCUCCGCAGCCACAUAAAGUCAUCUGCCCCAGUGAGCAUGCCUUGACAUGCGAGGGACCAGAAGCCCCGCGAUUUCUGCCACCCCCAAAACCCCACCGUGGGGCGCUCAGCUUCAGAUGACAGCCCAGAACAACAGGAGCAGAGUCUGGUGGGCGGGGCGCGGCCCAUCCCCCCACUAGGCAGGGAUGGCCGGGACUGGAUUGGGUUCCCAAACCAGUCAGGCCAGCGCGGGGUGCAGGGUGGCCGAGGAGGGUGGGGAGCAGAGCCCACAGCCUGGACACCUUGGGGCUCCGGGACAGUGGGUGGUGCUGGCCCACAUUCCUCAGCUCUGCCUCAGGCCACCUCCCAGGUCCGACAGGACCUACUGUGUACCUCUUGUAAGGGACUCAUGCAAGACUGAUGUGUGUGCCUGGUUGCGGGGGAGCAGCGUUCUAGCUUAGGGAUCCCUGGUCGUGCGGAGCACAACCCUCUCAGCUCCUGGGCUGGCCAGGCAGGGACAGCUGGCCAGUGGGGAGAGCUCAGCGGUUCCUCCACCAGGGAACACGGAGCCUGGAACAUCUGUUUCCACCUCUUUCUCAGGCCCAGGUGGCAAACCCCAUGGGAUCCCUGAUCCUUCUGCCCCAGCCAGCCCCCAGGAGCCAGAGCCUGGCCAGGAUCUCCACCUGAGAAAGCCAUUUAUUUGCUGGGGAAUGGGCCCCGAGGAGCACUCUGGUUCCUGCUAGGCAGCAGGACGGGCAGGUGGAGGUGGUGGGUCUCCAGUGGUGGUCCAGGGGCUGCCUCUCUCCACACAGGUGGACUCCUGGCAGGGUCACGCUUUUUGCUGAACCUUCAGGGGUCGUCAAAGU